AUGCAGGUGACGUCCUUCCGUGGACCAAAGGGCGCAGUUCGCUCAAGGAUCAACGGGGACGGCAUUGUCAACAGGAGCAACAACACAGAAGUAGUGUUCCGAGCAUCAACACGGGGUAGCCACAAUCUGCAGCCUAAAGUCUUUGGGCCUCGGACAUGGCACCACAAUCUCAAGGUCUUCGACUUCAAGCCGAAUGGAAAGCAGACCGUUGUCUUCCUACAAGGAGACGGUCAGGCACUCUGCUUGCCGAACAUCGUGUGGAUGCUCUUGGGAAAUGGCGUGUUCCUCGGCAUCUACAUCUACCAAGUCUCCACGACACGUUUGGCACCAUUCUGA